GUAACUUUUCGCAAUGAUCACAAUUACUUAGUCGCGAUGAUGAGAAAGCAGCUCGUUCGAAGGAGAGGAAAAUAGUUCACUAUAGAUUUUCUCGAUCAUGGUUGUGGAAUGGAUAUCUCGCUUAGCAAAGAGACCUGCGGACAGAACAGGGGAGGAUCUGGAUAUCAUUUUCGCCAGAUUUAAGAAUCUGAAGGCAUUUGAGCGUUUCAACCACGCAGUUCUUCACCAAAUUUGUUACUAUGGUUACUAUCAAGACUUGGAGGAAGGAAUCACUCUGUAUCGUCAAGGUGACAUUGGCUGUUACUGGUACGUUGUCCUCGCUGGAGCGCUUGAAGUUCGUGCAUCGAAAACCGGAAAAUAUGAGGAUGCUGAAGCCAUUUGCACUCUCGGCCCCGGAAAUUUUUUCGGCGAAUCAGUACUGGAUGACUCACCCAGACGCUCCACAGUCAUCACAAGCGAAUUUUGUGAGCUUUUGCUGAUAGAGAAGAAAUUCUUCCGUACUAUUUGGGAGCGAAACAAGCAAUUUCUAGAGGACAUUAUACCCAGUCCCUCAUCUACCCCUGUCGGAGAACAAAACAAUAAUGAGCAACUUCCUGAAAAUAAUACGGUGGAGGGUAAACCAUCCAAGACAGUGUACUCACCUGAGGCACUCAGAAAUGGUGGACUGGUCUUGCGUUUUGCAAUGCUUCGUCACCAGUCUCCAAAACUGAUCCGUGAUCGAGAACUUGAUAAACGCAAGGUGUGCAGAUGCUUCGUUGGAUCGGAAGCAGUCGAUUGGCUGACAAAAAUCAGCCCAAUGGUUCAUGGUCGUUUUCAUGCCAUCGCUAUGCUUCAGGCGCUUUUGGAAGAGGGAGUCAUUACUCAAGUGGGCCAUGGGUAUGAAUUCAAAGACCAAGGCAUUCUCUAUCGCUUUGUUAUGGACGAGAAUGAUAAUGAGAGGCCUGGAAAAGAGACAUACAGUGAGGAAGACCUGGAUGAUGUACUGCUCAUGCUCAGUAGGUCCGGAUUGGAUGCACAACUGAGAAUGGCUCUGAGAAAACCUGCUAUGGAAAGAACUCCAGACGACUUAUCUUUAAUUUACGAUGAACUCAUGCAUGUAAAGGCUCUUCAAUAUCUUUCAACCAUGGUUAAAAAAGAACUGUCGUACGCUUUUGUGUUGGAAUCCAGUUUCAAAAAGGGAACUGUGCUUUUCAGCGAAGGAGAAGAAGGGAUUUCCUGGUACAUCAUACUGAAGGGCUCAGUGAAUGUCGUGGUUCAUGGAAAGGGUGUGGUGUGCCAACUGAAUGAAGGAGACGAUUUUGGAAAACUAGCACUUGUAAAUAACGCUCUGAGGGAAACAAAUACUGUUCGUCUAAAAGAACACAGAAAAGAUGUCCUUGUCUUGGAAAAGAUUAACAUACCUAACAUGUUUGGAGAAGAUAACAGCCAAACUCACAUUCCGCAGAUUCAAAAAUAUUCCGUGAUGGCUGGUACUCCAGAGAAAAUGGUGGAAUAUCUCUUAGAAACAAGAAUGGACAACUCCAAUACAAAUAACUUCGACGAUCAUUUUUUGAACGACUUUCUGAUCGCUUUCCCAAUAUUUAUGACCACGGAGGCAUUAUGCCGCGAGUUGCUGUCCAACUACAACAGAACCAACUGUUUUAUAAUCGGACAAGACGAGACCAGAAAUAUCACUGCUGAGCACAAAAUGGCCAUCAAGAGAAGGGUUGUUCAGAUGACGCUCCGCUGGUGCUACUUGGCUGGGAAUCUAUUCUUGGAAAACCAAUGUAUUUUCAGGUUCAUUGAGGAAUUGAUGGAUUAUCUAGAGACAGAUGAGCUUUUCAAUGAGUUUAACCUCCUCAAGACAGCCAUGCGGACACUUAAAGAAAGAUACCCUACCGAUGACCUUAUCGAUGGUAAAAUUUUCGCUCCAGUGCGCCAUAGUCCACAUCGUCGAAUGGGCCUCGCUAAUAUCACAAAACUUAACCCAAGGUUACUUUCCCCCUAUAUUUUUCGAGUCUUCUGUGCCGAUCAUACAUACACUACAGUAGCUUUGCCUUAUAACGCCACAGCGCAGACCAUUAUUAACGCCGCAGAGGAGCGUGUUCUGCUAGGCGAUGACUGUAUCCUGUGCGAGGUCAAAUCUUCUGGAGAACGCGUACCUUUCAAACCAAACGAAAUAUGUGUCACAACCGGACUAAGUGUUAACGGAAGAUUGUUUAUUGCGCCACGGGAACACUUGGACUCACUGACUCCUACUCCUGAGCAGGAAGGACCGUCAACCAGUAACCUCACAUUUCUUGAGUCAGUUGGAUCCAAAGAGCUUGCGUAUUACAUCACACAGUAUGACUAUGAGCUGUUCAACGCCGUUAACAUUCAUGAAUAUAUAUUCCGCAUCUUUGGCAAAGAGAGCCACAAACAGAUCACAGCAAAUCUUGAUUUGCUUCUCAGAAGAUUCAAUGAGGUCCAGCUUUGGGUCGAAACACAGAUUCUCCUCACUCAACAUCUCAACAAGCGGGUUUAUCUGUUGAAAAAGUUCAUCAAGUUGGCCGCACACUGUAAAGAGUACAACAAUUGGUAUUCGUUUUUCGCCGUUGUUAUGGCAUUAAACAGUGUUGCAGUCAGUCGCUUGUCUCAGACAUGGGAGAAAUUACCGAGCAAGUUUCGUAAAAUAUAUGAAGAGUUUGAAGGUAUCUUGGAGCCUUCGAGAAACCAUCGAGUUUACAGGCUUUUAGCUGGAAAAAUGAAGCCACCCAUAUUGCCUUUUAUGCCUCUUCUGAUAAAAGACAUGACGUUCACUAACGUAGGAAAUAAAACGCAAUUUGAUGAUCUGGUGAACUUUGAGAAAAUGAGAAUGAUCUCUUCUACUAUUCGUCUUAUCCAGUACUGUCGCAGCGAGCCGUUCAAGGCUGAACCUCCAACUCAAGUGAAAAUAGCUCAGGAAAUCACUAUUUUUGUGAGGAAUUUUAACGUUAUAGACAACGAGCGCAUUCUUAACCAGUUCUCUCACAGAUUGGAGCCCAAAAAAAACUAAGUAAUCCUUGUUGAUCAUUUAACGAUGCCUUCAACAAAUUCCUCGACCAAUCAAGUUUGACAGCGGUAUGUGUGGACAGUGGUUCAUCAGCUUGGUGACAACAAUUCGAUAUAGUUUGUCCUUACGUGUCAACAGAGAGAGCAAUGUGGCAAAUUUAUGCAAUUGACUGUCUUUUCUGGUAAAUUUCACAUUUUCUUUUUAAACUCCUUUUUUUAAUAUUGGUGUUAAGGGUCGCGUACAGAUAAUUCAAACACUGAUAGAUAAAUUUCUGACGCCCUUUCGAAUUGAAAAUGAUCAGAACAUUUUAAAAGUUUCAUGAUAUUUUAACCUCAGAAAUAAAUAAAUUUAU